AUGGAGAGCAGCAUGAAGCAGGUGGUGCUUGAAGAGGAGGACUCGGGGAACGGCUGCUGCUGCCCGGGCUGCUGCUUGCCCUGCGCCACGUGCUGCGCCAAAUGCUGCACCAAAUGCAGCUGGUGCUGCGCCAAGUGCUGCUGCCUGCCCAAGUGCUGCGGCUGUCCCAAGUGUCCCAAGUGUCCCGGCUGCUCCGGCUGCUCCGGCUGCCUCAAGAAGUCGCUGUGCUUCGUCCCUCGGCUGCUCUGUUACCUGCCCCGCAAGCUCCUGAGCUGCGGCCGCCUGCGCUGCCUGCUCAUCGCCGUGGUCGUGGUGGUGCUGCUGGUGGUCGUCAUCGCCGGCGCCCUGCUGAUGCGGCUCAGCGCCGACCGCUGCGCCGACACCGUCCUGCGGGGCGGGCUGUGGGCUGGACCGGCCUGGGAAGAGGACGCGGCCACUUUCUACCUGGACAGCGGCGACGGGGACGCGGCCACCGUCAUCUAUGAUUACAAGAAUCUGCUGGUGAGCUACAGGCCCCAAGCGCGCCGCGUCUGCUACGUGACCCGCGUGGACAGGGACAACAUCCCGGGGCUGGACACCGUGGUCGAGACCUUCCAGCGCCGGCAGGUUGAGGACAAGAUCUCCGCGCCCCUGGCUGACCGCUCCCUCCUGGGCACCACGGCCAGCAUCCUCUGCAGCCUCCUCCCUGUUUACUGGGCUUAGAGCCCGCAGGGUGGGCAGGGGGUGCCGCGGGACCCCCGCCCACCCGGCAGCACCCU